GUUACUUCCUGUCAUCUUCACUUCCUAAGUCCUUCUCCACUAUAAAUAAAAGCAGAAGUGCAUUUCUCCUCUGAGUUUGGCUUCAACUAUGUCCAAAAUGUUCCUGUCAGUGCCAGUGGUGUUAUUAAUCCUCACAGGUGUGAAUGAGUGUCACUUUCUGCAGAAGCUGAAAUGCCCCUACACCCCAGAGCAGAAGGGUCAGCAAAGGGUCUGGUGUAAGAGGGACAAUGAUAAUCAUGAGUGCUGUUCAGGCAUUGCCUUCCAAGCAGGGGAUACAUGGAUAAUGGACGGCAAACUGAGCGUGCAGGACGACGGCCAGUCCUUUGUGGUGUCCGUCAACAGCCUGCCCCAGGGAGAUGGGGUGUACUGGUGCGGCCUGAAGAACAGCUCCAAUGUCAUCGUCAAACUGGCCGAGAGUCAACUCUACUCCACUCCUCCGGGUUUUGUUUGGGGCAUCCUGCGCUGGAUUGUGUUUCUGCUGUUGCUGCUGGCAGUAAUUUCAACAUGCAUUUGUUCUAAAAGGAAAACCAGAAGAGAGGAGAAGAAAAACGAGCUGUAUGAAAGCGUUUUGGAAGAAAAACAGCGCUGAAGAGAGGAAGAACCAGCUUUGUGAACACAGAUAAAGCUGAGCUCUCGUCCAGAUAGAAUUUCCAACGAAGAAUCAAACAGAUUUAUUUAGUCCUGUACCAGGCUUCAUCGGUUUCUGUGCUGCACAGCAUCACACAAGUACAGUACUGUGAUAAAGUCUUAGGCAAAUGAUUUAAAACCAAAUAUCUCAGCAGUGAGUUCGUUUCUGUGUGUAAAAAUUGCUAAAGCAGACAUAAACAGAGCAGAUAGUAACACAAACGUCUCGUUUAAAUAAGCUGCUUUCUUAUGAAGGUCUAGCUCCCGGUUUCUCCUGAAUGCCAGCGUGGAUUGGUUCUAUUUUAACAGCGGCACGGUUGAUUUAAUUUAAUAAAGCACUGAUUGUCCAAA